CAUAUGUGUCAUAAUAAACGUCAAGAAGCGCAUGUCAAGUCAGUUUGAUAAAUAAAUAUUUUUCAAUCAGUGAUGAUUCAAUGAAAAUUGCAUUAACUUGAGAUAACAAUUUAUUUUUAUCAACUCUAAAACCACCAUAUAUUCGAAAAAUGGAUGAAGAACUAGGAGGAUUGACCGAGGAUGAUUUCCUGGUUCCUCCCGUUAAAUACGAGUAUUUGGACCAUACGGCUGACGUACAACUACAUGCAUGGGGCAACACACUGAAGGAAGCAUUUGAACAAUGUGGCAUGGCAAUGUUUGCAUACAUGACAGAAAUGCCAUAUGUCCAGAUCAAAGAAGUGCACACGAUAGAAGCAAACGCUGAUGACCUGAUGGGACUACUAUACCACUUCCUUGAUGAACUACUCUUUCUCUUCUCUGUUGAACCAUUCCUCAUAUGCAAGAAGUUAGUGAUAACAGAAUUUAAUACAGAAGAGUUCCGGAUAGUAUGUAAGUGUUAUGGUGAAGAGUUUCAACUAGGCAAACAUCCACAGGGGACAGAAGUAAAGGCUAUCACAUACUCGGCCAUGCAGAUUAUUGACGAACCUAAGGAUAAUAAGUAUGAAGUUUAUGUUAUUAUUGAUAUUUGAUUAUGAUAUAUUUUUAUGAAUAUAUUUAUGGUUUUGUUGCACA